AUGAAUAUAUCUAAUAUAUAUACACAAGAAGAUAAUCUUUUCGGUUUCUAUGUUUUUCAUAAUUUAAUCACUAUAUUAGUACCUUUAUUUAUCGUUUUAGCCUAUAAAAGUAGUAUGAAAACACUCGUUGGCUAUCUUGAACUUAAUAUCGCGCUUUUCUUUAUAUUGAUUUUUCCUUCCAUAUAUGAAUUUUAUAAGUCCGGUUAUUAUUAUUUAUGGCUUAUUCCGAUUAUAGAUAUAACGAUAUUCGCUAUAAUAAUCGAUAUAUCAUCAAUAAUUUCAAUCAAAAGUUUAGAAAAGAGACUCAAAGAAUUACAACAAGAUAUAAAUAAUGAAGAGAGUAUAGAGAAAAGGAUAGAGAAUGAAAUUGGCAAUUGGAAAUUUUCAUCUUUAUCAUUAUAUACGUUUCGAACUUGGAUUAAAAAAUUUGGAUAUAUGAAAUAUUUUUUAUAUGGAAUUUAUUGGUUACUUUACCUUUUAUCAUUACCCGCAAAUUUUUUAAUGUUAGUAUAUUUAUCUUGGAGUAACAAAUAUAUUAUGGUUGAACAAAUUGGUUAUCUUACAUUUAUUAUUAUCUUAAAUAUCUUAAUUCUUUUAACAUUUUUAUUUUGCUUAUGUGGUAGAUUAUGUUUGGGUCUUUAUUUUUACACUGUUACUACAACUGCUUUAAAUCUUUCUAUAGUCUAUUCAAAUAAUCUGUUUUUUACAGAUUUGAUUCUAGCAAUUAUGGCUUAUUUAUUAGGAAGAAUGUUUGAUAGUGAAGCUCUUAUAGGUAAAAAACUAAAAAUGAAUGAUAAUAAAAUAAUGGGGUUGGCUAAUGAAUGUAAAGUAAAAAGUAUACCUAUUUUAAAAUACUUUUUUUAUUUCUACAAAACUGGUAAGCAAAUAACAAAGGAGAAUAAAGAGGAAAAGAAAAAAGAAGUUAACUUAUGGCUAGAUUGGCUAAAUUUUAAUUUACCAGAGGAGUUAGCUUAG